ACAGCAGCAGCAGCAAUGGCAGCCGGGCAGUGAGACACAUGUCACAACAUUGUGUGAGGCGAAAAACAUUUACGCUGGGGCCGAGAGAAGACACAUAAGCAAAAUGUCUCGGCACAGAAAUGUUCGAGGUUACAACUACGAUGAAGACUUUGAAGAUGAUGACAUGUAUGGACAGUCUGUGGAUGAUGACUACUGCUGUAUAUCACCAGCAACAGCAAAUCAAUUCAUCUACUCACGUCAGGACAGACAAGCACCAAAGGAGGAGCCUUUAGAAGAGGAAGAGUAUGAAGCUGACGAUGUACCCAUGUCCCCUACCAUCAGCCACAACCUUGACCCUCUUGAUCAAGCCAAACUGUAUUCCUGUCUGGACCAUAUGCGAACUGUGCUGGGAGAUGCAGUGCCAGAUUCAGUCCUGACCCAGGCUGCCAUAAGAUGUGGAUUUGACCCACAGAGGGCACUGGAUGCAGUCCUAUCGGAGGACACCAAGACAGCGCCAGUUACCAGAAGUACCAGUGAAGAGACAACUUCGAUAACAAGAGUUAGCCAAGAGAGAGCACCGCUUCCACAAAGAACCAAACAAGAGGCCGUGGCUGAGAGAGCUAAGAGCAAAGACGCGUCUCACAAUAAACUGGACUCUGAAGUGGUACCCAAAGUGGCUCGAAUGACCGUCUCUGGCAAGAAGCAGACCAUGGGCUUUGAUGUUCCCAGCACAGGGGAGAAUGGUGUCGUCCCUGCCCCUGUUCGCCGAGGCGGCAGCCCUGAAAACGCCACCGCGACCCCUGCCUCAGAGGCCACGUCCAAACGUCCUGAGACUCCAUCCAAAGGGUCAAAUGGGGACGAGCCCUCCGCAGUUCCCACCCCGGGCCGCUCCGCAGGAAAGGCCCGGCAGGCGAUCAAUAUCAAGGCUGAGCUGGAGAAGCGGCAGGGUGGCAAACCUCUGUUGAAUUUGGUGGUUAUAGGUCAUGUGGAUGCGGGUAAAAGCACGCUGAUGGGCCACCUGCUUUAUCUGCUGGGCAACGUCAACAAGCGCACCAUGCACAAGUACGAGCAGGAGUCAAAGAAGGCGGGAAAGGCCUCCUUCGCCUACGCCUGGGUCCUGGAUGAAACUGGGGAGGAGAGGGACAGGGGUGUGACAAUGGAUGUGGGCAUGACCAAGUUUGAGACGAACACUAAGGUGGUGACCCUAAUGGAUGCGCCAGGACACAAAGACUUCAUCCCCAACAUGAUCACAGGAGCUGCACAGGCCGACGUGGCGGUGCUUGUGGUGGAUGCCAGCCGAGGAGAGUUUGAGGCAGGUUUCGAGGCGGGUGGUCAGACCAGAGAGCAUGCCCUGUUGGUGCGCUCGCUUGGCGUCACUCAGCUGGCUGUAGCUGUCAACAAGAUGGACCAGGUAAACUGGCAACAAGAACGUUUCCAGGACGUCACUUCCAAACUUGGCCAUUUUCUCAAGCAGGCAGGAUUCAAGGAGUCUGAUGUUUUCUACAUCCCCACCAGCGGCCUGUCAGGAGAGAACCUCGCCACCAGGAGUUCAGUGUCACAGCUUACCUCGUGGUACUCUGGUCCCAGCCUGCUGGAGCAGAUUGAUGCCUUCAAAGCCCCUCAGCGGUCUAUAGACAAACCUUUCAGACUGUGCGUCUCAGAUGUGUUCAAAGACCAGGGUUCAGGCUUCUGUGUAACAGGGAAGAUCGAGGCUGGUUACAUUCAGACCGGAGACAAAAUACUGGCCAUGCCUCCCAAUGAGACCUGCACCGUCAAAGGUAUCACUCUUCAUGAUGAGGCUCUGGACUGGUCUGCAGCAGGAGACCAUGUCAGCCUGACAGUCACCGGCAUGGACAUCAUCAAGAUCAACGUGGGCUGUGUGUUCUGCCAUCCAAAGGAGCCCAUUCGAGUCUGUACUCGGUUCAGAGCCCGAAUCCUUCUCUUCAAUAUUGAGGUCCCCAUCACACAGGGCUUCCCGGUCUUGCUGCAUUACCAAACAGUCAGUGAGCCGGCCACCAUUAGGAAACUGAUCAGCGUUCUACACAAGAGCAGCGGCGAGGUCCUCAAGAAGAAACCAAAGUGUUUGAGUAAGGGUAUGAAUGCCAUCGUGGAGAUUCAGACCCAGAGGCCCGUGCCACUAGAGCUGUACAAGGACUACAAGGAACUGGGCCGCUUCAUGCUGCGAUAUAUCGGCUCCACCAUUGCUGCAGGGGUUGUCACCGAGAUCAAAGAAUGAAGAGCGUUUCCGUGGACUCAGAGCCAGUCAGACCUUCCUCUGGACACUGCAUGCAGCCAGAGACAAAAGUGCAAUUCCUCAAGAGACUCAGAGUGUCACACUCAUCCAUCCAUCUCUCUGUCCAGCGCAGCAGCCGCUUUACCUGGCUGCUCUGAUCAAUGCUAACUGCACAGAUAACCAAUCAUGAGUAGCCUCUUCCAUCAAACAGGCGCAUUACCCGGCUACCCCGGCUUCACACUUCCCCCUGUCUGACCAUUCGUCUGUUAAUACUACCUGUUUCUCUUCAUUCACUGUUUAAUCAAGCCAAAUCAAUAACAUAACAAGACUCUGAAAGACAAUCCUACCACGCUGAGAUCUAUCUCUCGGCAGAUCAUUUAUCUUGACUGGAAAUGUGUGAAUCGUGGUGGAGCAACCAGUGCAGUGCCAGGUUAACAUGGCAGCAGUGGUUCAACGACAGUGUUUUCUCUCUGCUGUAAAUUGAGAUGAGGGUUUAGCAUCCAGUUUAAAUCACAACUUGUAUCUGUAAUAAGGCUCUCCUAAUCAAACCGCUCACCUGAAAUGACUAAUUUUAAAUUUAGAAAUGAAAUUAUGCAGGACUUAACAUUUGAUAUCAUUUUUUACCAUAGUACGGUAUGUUUGCAUCACGGAUUGCGUAGCCGAGGGCACAGAGUGCACUGUAAUCAAGGUAGUUUGUGAACAACAAAAGGGAAACUCAAACGUUCACCUCGCUCUGGAUAAAGAGGAAUUUUCAUUUAUGUUAACAAGUGAUACUUGAAAUGCUCCUACAGUAAAGCACCAAAAUGCUUUUUGAAGUGCGUUUUUUUUUUUCUAUCAAAGACUCACAUUAGUGGAGGAGGACGAGGAGCUGUGUUUUUGUUUCUCCACAUGUUAAAGCGGACAUGUUGGUGGAAGAUGGUGCGAAGGAAGAUGAGGGUAAAUGGACAUAAGAUCAGCAAUCUGUGGUUUGGGUUUUUGAUUGGAGCAGUGUGAAGCAUCCCUUUCUGUCAAACUGCAACAGAAAAUACUUUACUGCCCGGCGACAGUGUUGCGGCGUGCAGUCAGGCCAGCAAACGCGUUGCUUUUUUCUGUCUAUCGAAAUUAAAAAGUAUGUAGAAGUUAAGUGGGAAGUGAAAAUGGAGAGGUGAUCAUUUCCCGUCAGGUUCGACGGCGACACAGCUGGAGUGGAAAGCACCACAAACACGCCUCACUAAUGGUGUUGCUGAGUGAGAUUUUGCAGAACGAUGCAAGCAACAAUGCUUCAGAGUUAAAAAAAACAAAAAAACAAAAACAAAACCUCACUGCACUUAAAUUCAUCUUUUUUUUUGUUUCUGGUCGUGUACAACGAGGCGAUAGACGCAUGUGUAACUGCAAAACUUCCAGUUUUACAACGUUUUUCGUAACUGUCGAGGCUGUGGAAAGACAGAGGGACGUGGAACAUUUUCAGUUAAAGGCGCUGUGGGAAAGACUAAGGAAAUGACACAAACACUUUCUUCUGCCCUUUGUCCAUGCAGCUCAAAGGCAUCACCAUCAUGGUCAGAAAUAAAGCCCCGACUCAUCUCAGCAUCUUUCUUUAAAAUCCCUAAGAGAGCGGCAGUCAAUGCUUUUCUGUUUUCUCUUUUUACAUUAAAAAAACCCCCAAAGCUCUGAGAGGAACCAACUAAGCUUUGUUGAAUAAUUAUUACACAUAAUAAUUCUUAUUAAAUAAAUAAAUAUUAUUAAUUUAAUUUUAUGCGGAUUGUGAAUCAGGUGUACCCUACCGGUCUGCAGAAGCCCUCCACUCACCCACAACUGUGACACAGUGUGGGGAGGACAGGACACAAGUUUAGUAGUAAAAAGUGGUGAAUUGAGGGUUUCCUGGUUGGGAUAUUUCUUAGAUAACAUCUUGGUGGGAGCUGGCUACAAAAAUGUUUGAUUAAUUCUCAGAUUAUGUCCCUGAUUAACAGUUCCUGUAUGCACGUACACAAGAAAGUUUGCUAAAGGUUAGUUAUGCAGAGAAUGGACGGAAAAACAAACUGCAACACACACAAACUUGGCUUUGUCAAGUGCUUUUUGGUGAAUCUAUAAUCUCUUACAGAGUCGACACAUACUGCUAAUUCAUAAUCGUUCAACUUAUUGUAGCUCACUUGCACAGCUGCCACCGUUAAUGCCUCAACUGCCUCACUGUCGGGCACAAACGCUGCAAAGCUGUAUGUAACGUGGCUGUGGCAAAAGUCAUGAUGAGUCAUUCCAGACUCAAGAAACACAGAACAACAGUGGUAUCACGUAAACACUGACAAACAUUAACUGACACCUGGUGACAAAUUUGUUUGCUUUGAGAGUAAGUUUACUUCAUAUUUAGUAUGUCCAUGUCAGUUGGUGUUGCUGUCUCUUAAUGCAGCCCAGUCGAAGCCACAGGAGGAGAAAUUUCCACCACACACACAAAAACAUGCACAUAAUUGUAAUUUAAUACUUGUGAGGACUCUCAUUGGCAUAAUGCCUUACAGAGCUCCUUACCCUAACCUUGACCAUCACAACUAAAAGUCCACCCUCAACCCUAACAUAAAUCAAAUGUAAUCUAGUCUUAACCUUAAAAGAACCCUUUGGUUUUUGUAAGGACCGGCCAAAAUGUCCUCACACUGUGUAGCAAGUACUAGUACACACACACACACACACACACACACACACACACACACAGAGAGACUGACAGACCAUGUGUGUUCCACCAGCUGCCACAGGGUGGCAGUGUUCAGUAACAUGCACAUAUUGCGCCACAGAAACAGAAAAUAAUGUGUCAGUCACCUUGGAACAUAUUUGUAGAACAAAGCGUAAACAUCGUUUUUGUCUACAGACCCCUGAGGGGCCUCUGGGGCAUCUACAAGAGCCAAGAGGAGGAGGAUGAUAAGAACUGCAGGUCUGCUGGCGUAACAUGAUGAUGAAUCACUUUCUCUGUAAAUAGAUGAGUAAUGCUGUGACUUGAUCGUCAGAAGUCUUCCUGAAUCACUACUUUGUAAAACUGACAGUCACACGGUUCUGUG